UGCAGUGGUGAGUUGGUGUGCUGGGCAGUUGGGUAUGGUGGUCGUUGGUACUGCUCCCUGCCGGGACGGGGAGACGGGUGAACAAGGGAGGCUUGGAGGCCGCGACAGCAGGGCUGUCUGGCCUUUAGAUCUUCAUUCUUGGUUAAGGAAAUGACCAACCAGUACAGUAUUCUCUUCAAGCAAGAACAAGCCCAUGAUGAUGCCAUUUGGUCAGUUGCCUGGGGGACAAACAAAAAGCAAAACACUGAAACUGUGGUCACUGGAUCCCUGGAUGACCUAGUGAAGGUUUGGAAAUGGCAUGAUGAGAAGCUGGAGCUACAGUGGAGCCUGGAGGGACAUCAGCUGGGGGUGGUGUCAGUGGACAUCAGCCACACCCUUCCCAUUGCUGCAUCCAGCUCUCUGGAUGCUCAUAUUCGUCUCUGGGACUUGGAAAAUGGCAAGCAGAUCAAGUCUAUAGAUGCAGGACCAGUGGACGCCUGGACUUUGGCCUUCUCUCCUGACUCCCAGUAUCUGGCCACAGGAACUCACGUGGGGAAAGUGAACAUUUUUGGUGUGGAAAGUGGGAAAAAAGAAUAUUCUUUGGACACUAGAGGAAAAUUCAUCCUUAGUAUUGCAUAUAGUCCUGAUGGGAAAUACCUGGCCAGCGGAGCCAUAGAUGGGAUCAUCAAUAUUUUUGAUAUUGCAACUGGAAAGCUUCUGCAUACGCUGGAAGGCCAUGCGAUGCCCAUUCGCUCCUUGACCUUUUCCCCUGACUCCCAGCUCCUCGUCACAGCUUCAGAUGACGGCUACAUCAAGAUCUAUGAUGUACAACAUGCCAACUUGGCUGGCACACUGAGUGGCCACGCAUCCUGGGUGCUGAACGUCGCGUUCUGUCCUGAUGACACUCACUUUGUCUCCAGUUCAUCUGACAAAAGUGUAAAGGUUUGGGAUGUUGGAACAAGGACCUGUGUUCACACCUUCUUUGAUCACCAGGAUCAGGUUUGGGGAGUAAAAUAUAAUGGAAAUGGAUCAAAAAUUGUGUCUGUUGGAGAUGACCAGGAAAUUCAUGUCUAUGACUGCCCAAUUUAAACACCAGCAUCUUCCGGGCCAUGCCACAGAGUAUGCAGGGUUGAUCAUGACAUUCCUUACCCUCCUAAGCACACUUAAAAUACAGCAUAUAUUGUAGUAAAUUUUGUAGAUACACUAUAAUAAGUGUUUCCUGUUUUAUUGGAAAUGCUGCUCCUAUUUUAAUGUAAAUAAAGCAUUCUUAAUGCAAGCACCUGCA